AUGAAUCCAAAUUAUAAUAAUUCCUUUUCUUCACAAUCUAUUGCUGUUCAACCUCGUGUAACUAUAGAAGAGGUUGUUAACCUUGCACUCAAUAAAUCUAACCAACCUACCAAAACUGCUAAUGCUUUUUUCAUUUAUAGAAUGAAUUAUAUUAAACAGUUAAAUUUAAACAAUAUAAAAUAUAACAUGAUGGAACACUCUCCCCUUAUUGGAACUGCAUGGAAAUAUGAAUCUUCAGACAUUCGACAAGUUUAUUUUGAUAUUGCUAAAGCAGCUGAUCGUAUAUAUACAAAUAUAGUGUCGAAUAUAAUGGUAAAUCAACAACCGUCACUAUCGCAAAGGUUGCCGUUACAAUCGUCUCCAUUACCACUAUCACGGUCACAAAAAUUUUCAACUAUCUCUAGUUCAACAAAUUUUGAUUCACAAUUAGAAACAGAAAUUUUUACCUUUCCGGGACAACAACAAUUUCCCCAAUCGUCAAAUGUCUCGGGAACUUUGUUUUCUCGUAAUACAACUUUUAGUUCAACAAAUUUUGAGACCGCCCCUAAUACGGGCCAAGAGAUAUCUGGAAUUAUAAAUCAAAAUUUAUAUGAUUUUAUUAUUAAUGUUUAUAAUAACAAUAAUAACAAUAAUAUCAAUUAUAAACUUAUUAUUAUUCAAUAUCUUAACGAGCUUGAAAACACUCAUGCCAAAUUUCUUCGUCUCCUUGAGUCUUAA